UUUGUACCGUAUCAUCAUCAGUGUGUGAAUAUCACGAGGAUAAUCAUUAUCCUUGGUCGUUAGUAAAGUUACUGUUCUGGGUUCCUAGAGAGGAAGUAUACCCUUCAGUAGGGAAUGUGGCCUUUCCUUUGGUCUCCCUAGAGUCUGCUAGCCAUAACCUGAACUUUAUUUUCUCGUGUGUUUUCUAGUUUCUUCGUGCUUCUCUUUGAUGUUUGGUUCCUCAAGUUCUGCUACCAAUAUAAUGUUGGUUUCUGCUUUGCAGGAAACGCCUUUUUAAUAUGAUAAAUGAGCUUCCAACUAUAUUUGAGAUUGUUACAGGGACAGCCAAGAAACAAGUAAAGGAGAGGUCAACAAAUUCAAAUCAUGGCAGCAACAGACCUAAAUCAAAUUCGAAGAGAGGUUCUGAGUCUCAGGGAAAGUAUGCAAAGGUAAUGCAAGCAAGGGAAGACUAUGAGGAUGGCACAGAAGAUGAAGAUGAGGAUGAGCAUGGAGAGACACUAUGUGGGUCUUGUGGAGAGAACUAUGCAUCUGAUGAAUUUUGGAUUUGCUGCGAUGUCUGUGAGAAGUGGUUCCAUGGCAAGUGUGUGAAGAUCACCCCAGCAAGGGCCGAGCAUAUUAAGCAGUACAAAUGUCCAUCUUGCAGCAACAAGAGAUCCCGACCUUGAUGGUUGUGGAGGUGGCUGUUUCUGUGCUGUCAUGCGUGAGUGCUAAUUGUCUAGUAGGUCAGGUUUUCAUAUCUCUUGGUCUCAUCCCUGCAGUUUAGAAAACUCAUCUGGGAUAUUGUUUAGGUUUCAAAUAUUCUCUUUAAUUUCUCGUGUUAGGAUAUUUAUCAUCUGGGAACC